UGUGCAUCCGUAGCAUCAAAAGUGUACACCAGUGAAAAAGCACAAUACCGUGGAAUCGAAAUCCGUUAUCCAUCUACUAGUGCAUGUGUGUGUGUGCGCUCUCUAGUGUGCAAAGUUGAAACUGUGACGUUCGAUUGUUGGUUUCUAAACACUGCUGUGCACUUGCUUGGUCUCUCUAUCUCUUGCGGUUCGCUGGGAAAACCUUGCCCUAUUGAGUGGCAAUCCCUUGGCGGCCUCCACCUGCGGCCAGUAACAGCCAGUUCGCAGCCCUAGGCACCGGCACCGGCGGUGAAUCUAUUGAUUGUUAAUACGGUUCGUAGCUGGAGCAAGAAGCAGCAGAACGAAAUAAGAGAAGAAGAAGAAGAAAAAAAACUCCACGCUAGUGACCGCCGGCCUCCCGGAUUAAUUAGUGCCGCGUAACUUGUGCAAUCGAUGUGCAGAGCAACCACCGACACGGUGGCGGCACCGGUACCGGCGGCAUCGUCACGACGAUGAUGAUGAUGUUGAUGUUGAUGAUGGUGAUGGUGAUGGUGGUCGUGGUGGAGCAACAAAACCUCGUUGCAGUUCAACCGAUGAUGCAAUCGAACAACUGGUAGCCCACGGUCUCAAAGGAAAAGUCUCAAGAUCAGAGGGCUUUCGAGUGACCCAAGUGACUCGUGUGGAACCGGGCAGCUCAGAAGCAGUGACACCGGAUUGAUUGUGCCGCUUGCAGGAUUCUUAGCAGCUAGUGCGUGUGUUUGUACGUGCGUGUGCCUGUGUGUGUGGUCUCUAUUGAUCAACGCCGGUUGUGCUUUGAUAGUUGGACGAGGAGGUGGUUGUGUGUUUUAAGGCGAUUCGAUUGUAUCAUCUUAACAUCCCCGCACUUCCAAGUAACGAUACCAAGAGAUAGAGAGAGUGAGUCGGGUGGUUCUGGUCCGUUCCGUCCAAGGCUUACCACCGGCGAAGGCGUAACCGAAGCGUGUACCAGGCAGGCAGUGACUGGCAGUGAGGUGUUGCAAACGGGGCUUUUCGGUGCGUAUCGAGCGUUUCCAGAGCGCAAUGGCAGUGUCCUGCCCGGAAGUUAUGUACGGUGCAUACUAUCCUUAUUUGUACGGCCGUGCCGGACCCAGUCGCCCAUUUUAUCAGUAUGAAAGGUUUAACCAGGAUCUCUACUCAUCGUCCGGUGUGCCGCUGGCCGCCUCGUCCAGCACGUCGGCCGGUUCACACUCACCAUGCAGCCCGCUACUGCCGCCGUCGCUGCCGUCGAAUAUGUCCGCAGCGGCCCAAUCGUCGUCCACGCUCACCUCCUCCGUGCUGAACGCGUCGGCGCUCAACGCAUCGGCCCUGAACGCGUCCGCCCUCAACUCCUCGGUGCUCAACUCCUCGGUUGUGCCGACGAUCGGUUCCGUCAACCAGACCGCCAUACCGACCAUCCCGCUAGGUGCGCUCCAGAGGCACAUUACCAAAGAGGAAGACAUCAGCACGGUCCGGAGUGACACGGAAGGAACCAUAUCCGGUGCGCACAACGACAGCUCCUGCUCUUCCGGUCCCGAUUCCCCGCACAACCUCAACCUACGGACGGACGGGGGUGGAUUGGCGGCGGUGGCGGCCGCUGCAGCCGCCGUGUCCGGUGGUGGAAGUGGCGAAUCGUCCGGCGGUAGUGGGAGUGGCGGUGGUAGCGGAGGUGGUGCUAGUGUUGGUGGUGGCGGUGGUGGUGGUGCCGGUAGCAGUGGUAUGGCGAUGGCGGGCGGCAGUGGUACCGGACGGGCGCAGUACCUAUCGGCAACGUGCGUCGUGUUCACCAACUACUCCGGCGAUGCGGCCAGCUCGGUCGAUGAGCACUUCUCUAGGGCGUUAAAUUUUAGCGAUAAAAACAAUAAAGGUUACAGCAGUUCGAUGACGAGUAGAAACUUUCCACCCUCGUUCUGGAACAGCAAUUAUGUGCAUCCGACACCCGCCCCAACGCAUCACCAUCAGCAGGUUUCCGAUCUGUACUCCACCGAUUCGGGCUACUCGGCGGAUCCUUGGCAUGCGGCCCAUUACGGCUCGUACGCACACGCGGCCCAUGCGCACGCCGCACACGCUCACGCGUACCACCACAAUAUGGCACAGUAUGGCAGCUUACUGAGGUUACCGCAACAGUACGGACACACGUCAAGCAGUCACCAUAGGUUACACCACGACCAGCAGACGGCGCACGCGUUAGAGAGUGCCGCCGCUUACACGAGCUAUCCGACGAUGGCAGGCCUAGAGGCACAGGUGCAAGAGUCGUCCAAGGAUCUGUACUGGUUCUAGAUAGUCAAAAUGGAGCUUUUUGGUGGAGAAUAGUGGUACCGGACGGAGCAGCUGCACAGAUACUGCAACAACCAACAGAGCUUAGCGCUCGGCGAUAGUGCGAUUGAGGAGAUAUUAAAAAACAAAACAAAACAACAGAAACAGAAACAAAUCAAAGAUGCACCCCUACGUAUAAGCAAAUGAUUUAGUUAUCGCGGUACAAACAAAAAAAAGACAAGGAGCAAUGGACGGAAUGGACUACUAGCUUAUUCCAACGGCCAGGCAAGGCUAGGCACCAGUGGAACAACAGCCUGGAAGAUGCAGUAAGGUUCGUUGACGAUACCAGGUACCAGCAGACAGGAGUGGAUAGCAAGGACGACCGUCUAUCUAGUUACUUCCUUUGAAUGAACUGGGUGGAAAUGCUCGUAAACGCGUGUAAAGAAUACUUAUCUGGUGAACCCCCGAUAACCCGAUAACGUGAUGCUCUCUUCUGUGUAUAGUAGAUUAAUGAUGACCGAUGACGACGAUGGCGAUGAGAGAAUGAUGCUCUAUCUCUAUCUUUCUCCCUGAUAAAAAGCUACGGGACCGCCGUUCUUGAUUUACAAUUUGUGAACCAUCGUGCCCCCCGGGGGGAGCAUCCAGUCACACCAGUGUCUGUAGUGGUGCGGAGCAUAACUAGGGCCGAAUUUAUAAUCAAAAUCGAAAUGAGCUAGACUGCUGCUGGGCUAAGACCACACACUUGUGCACUGGGAGGCCUGGAAAAUGUUAUAUACCCUUGUGUGUGCGUGUGUCUUUUUUUAGGUUGCCGGCCCCCCAAUAUCGGCAAUCUAUGAUUUGUAAAUGAUAUCUCGUUUGGUCCAUCAUCAGCGUCGCUCAAUGAUAGUUAGAUAAAAAUAUAAAACAAAAACACGCACGCACGCACGUAAACACACGACAAGCAACAAAAGUCAUCACUACUCGUACUACUAGGGUAUAGGUUUCGUUUUUCGGUUUAAAGGAAAAACUUUAAAACUCGUUUGUUUUUACUUUUGAACAUUUAACACUAAGCGAAGGGCUAACGAUGAUGGAAAACCUGCGCGGAAAAACCGCGGGAAGGAAAAGCAAACCGCCCAGCACCAACGCAACAUGAAAAAAAGACACGCCCCAUCGCGACCGUUUGGUUAAUUUUCCUUUCAGCAACUGCGAGCGAGCGAGCUGAGAACGAUCCUCUACGCCGGAGAUCGGCAGUAGCAAAUUGGCAAAGAAUUUACUUACAAAAUAAAUGAGCUGAGUAAUACCUUUAAGCGUUACUUGUCGAUAUGAGCUGACAUGAGAACAGACGAGCAGCAAGAAGGUGAAUGAUAUGUGCAAACAGCGCGAAAAGCCCGCUGCUGCCGCUGCUGAACCUUGAGGUCUGAUCGGAGUCGUGGGAAAUGCCAGGAGAUAACGGGCGAGUCACGAGCUCACGCACAACGGUGCAUAUAUUAUAGCUGUGUGUGUGAGUGUGUGUGUGUGUGUGCAACUGUACACUAUAAUCAUGAUUUGAAACCGCGGUACGUUCAAUUGUGAGGUGUAAUGCGAGAUCGCGCGGCUGAUAACGAGAGAAAAAACACUACAGUGCCCUUGAACCGCUCAUUUUACGCCCGGAAAUCGACUGAGGUAGGAUCUUUGACCUCCCUCGACCAACUCCUUAUCUUUUCCACUUCCCUUCGCCACCACCCCACACUGCUCCCUUCCCCCACACUAGACGCGCUACUGCUGCUAAUGGCAAAUGGAUUAUA